CUCAUUGAUCAUCGCCAUCUACAUUUAGUGCGACAUAUUCCACUGACACGCGGAGUAGUAUUUAUUUCUUCUAUAUUCCUUGGGCAGAACACUACUGACUACAGGAACAGCCGUGAUACUCCACCAGACUCCCAGUUUGGUUACUACAGUUUACAAAGCUGGUUUAAUAGGCUAGUGACAUUAUACGUACUUACUAUAUCUAUAAUAUACAUAAUUUAUGAUUACACUUGCAUCAAGCUUAAUACCUCAGUCAAUAGAAUGAAGCUUGAGCAGUUUAAUGAAGUAAUUAAAUUCAUAAAUACCAAGCGCAAAGAAAAUGUUAAUGCAGCUCUUGUGAAGAAGUUCCCUGGGAUUGAGAGAACUACAUUGAGCAGCAUUGCUGCCCAGGAGAUGCAGAGGAAAGUAAAGAAGAGCUUCCACCGUAUUAAUGCCAAGGAGAAUGCUGCUAAGGUUUACAGCAGUUACUUGUCAUCUGUUAAGCGUGGAGAAAGUCCCGGCAUAUUGGUGAGGAAGGCAAAGGAGAUGGACUACUCCCCUGCCAUGUUAGCUAAGCUGAUUCUGGAGCAGUACCUUACUGCCAACUUCCCAGAUAUGACAGUGAACAAGUCACGAGUUAAUGGAUUUUUGCGAGAUACCACACAAAUACAGGACCGAGACCUCGGUUAUGAUGUAUACUUGUGUCUUCUUGAGGAUGAUGUCUAUGGGCCAUUUGUUGACAGCAUAAAACAUUCCAUUGGCCAUGAAUAUGAAUUUUUCUUGCGUCGAAAACUUGAAGAGUUAAAUAUUAGCUACUAUGAUGAGGACGAACUGAGACUGAGAGGCUAUGACAAGACACCUGACGUCAAGCUGGAAAUUCCUAUAGCUGUGGAUGGGAAAGUAAUCAACUGGAUAGAGAGUAAGGCAUCUUUUGGUGAUGAAGAAAGUCAUCGUAACUACCUGAAGGAUCAGUUCUGGAGUUACUGGAACAGGUUUGGUGCAGGUCUGGUCAUAUACUGGUUUGGCUACAUUGAUGAAGUGGAUGAACAUGGAGAAAAGGGCAUCAUGCUGCGAGACUCCUUCCCCACCAACAUCACAUUUAUGGACCCUCUCUCAGUAGCCUGAUGAGCCAAUGUCUCGCCUUUUCUACCGGGUCCAUGAACAGAACUAUGUGGCUCAUGUCGUGGCCUAUGCAGCAUGUAUUGGUCCUUAUGAAGAUGAUUGUGAUCGUCCAACAGAAAUAACCAAAAAAUAUCUACAGCUACUUUAAACACCUUCGAAGAGAAAGUAGUACAAGUUCAGGAAUUUCAUUGACCACAACCAGUUCUGUGGUACUGGUGUACAUGGCCAUUGUUCACAUUACAGUCGUGUCUCAUCUUUUGCGCAUUCACCUUUACGUGCUUGGCUCAGGGAAAAAAAGAACUUCAUAGUGAAUGUAGGAGCAUAUGGCUGGGGGAGAUACUUCCACCCGUACCUCUCUCAACCUCAGUUGAUACGUGUACUGAGCGGGAGAGGGAUUUUGCCUCUGCUGACUGACCCUAAGGGUUGGUUGGCAGACAGCUGAUCAUAGCUGAGCUGUGAUGCAGUGUAUGUACUAUCUUGCAUAAUUUUUGCUUUUUUAUGCUUUUAUUAUUUUUCCAAAAUAUUUUCUGCUGAAAUCAACUUGACAAUCAGUGGCAAAGAGGAUAAAGUAAACGUAUAGUAGAGGUGGUUGUGGUGCACUUUUAAACUGAAAUAGACCUAACCAGCUGAGUCGCCAGAUGCGCUAUUAACAAAUUGCUCACUGCUUCCACACAGAAUUCAGACCCAUUCUCUUCAUAUUUCUUAUUUUAAAGUUUUAUAUUAUAUUUUCUUUAUUUUUAAGUCACAUUAGAGUAUUCAAAUGAUUUUUCCACAACAUUCAUAGUUUCAGUUUAUGUAACAAUGGCAACAUGCUGUAUAAUAAUAAUAAUAAUAAUAAAAAGAAUGAAGAGCAUGGGUGUGGAUGUGUGAUAAGUAAUGCGUAUGUAGGCGGGUCUAGUCAAGGCCUUGGCUAUAAACUACAGUACCGUGGCUGACUUGCGAGCUCAUCCACCUCGUAUAUUGUUACUUGUACUGAAACUCUAAAAGUUGUGAAGAAAUCAUUACAAUACUGUAAUGUGGCUUAGAAAUGUGGAAAUAUAAUACAAAACAAUAAAAUAAGAAAACUAAAGAUUAAACGUGGAAAGUAAAUGUUUUUUGAGCUGGUUGGUUACUGGGCUUUAAAGAUGUGACGUGACAUCAUGGCAUACACACCCACAGGGCCGGAUUCAGGAGUGGGCAGCUGCCCAGGGGCCUCCACAAUCUGGGGGUCUCCACAUUUUACAAUAUUUUAUUUAUUUGUUUAUUCAUUUGGAUUA